UUUAUUUAUAUAUUUUGAUUCUUAACAGUCUAUGUACUCUAUGUUACACCUAUGUUCCUAACGCCGGCCCUGCCUACCACUUUUCGGGCCAGACCGCCAAUUAUUUCAUAGAUACGGCUGGGCUCACUGCUCACGCGUUGCUGCAUGCGAAAGAUGAUUCACGAAUGAUCGCUCGAGACAUCUGGUGCGAGACGCGCAGCGGCAGCAUCGGUUUUAUUUUGUUUCGAGCGGUCACACAUUUGAUUGAAGAGUGAAUUAUCAUUCGAAUCAUUUGGUUGAAGUAUUCGAGAUAUCUCGAAUGAUUUUGAUAAUCGAAUGACCGAUUAUUUUUCAUUCGAAUGAUCCCAUCACUAAUAAUUAUUCAUAUUCAUAUCAAAUUUGUUGUCAAAUCAUGGUCAAAUUAAAAAGUUUACUAAAAAAGUCGGAAGAACAUUUACAUUCAUUUGAAUCAGUUUAAACCGAAUAUAUGGUUUUUGUUGACUCUGUGGAACAAUAAAUAAUGUACAAUUUAUUAGAAUUAUAUUUUGGAAGUCACUGUGUUCAAUGUAUCUUGGGAAUGAUCUAGAUAUAUUUCCGCCGAAACAACAUUCUAGAGACGACGAGGAAAUUUGAAGAAAUUCACUAUACGUCUAUACGAGUACUUUGUCAUCCGUACUUUAAAAAAUUUACUGCUCAACCCAAAAGUGUAACGAUAGCUCUAACCUGUGUUGCAGACUGCAUAUUUUAAAGAUUAUGUCUCGUUUGUAAUACCUUAUCAUUUUACAAUAAGAGUAUUUUAUCUCAUUUAAAGAUCUUGCACAUCGUACACAACAUACUCAGUCAUAUCCGUUGAGUAUUUACAUAAGGGCUAGUAAAGAUGGUGCAAAUAGAGGGGAAAUACGUAUGUGAAAAAAAUGAAAAUUUGAAUGAAUUUUUCAGCUCUAUUGGCGUACCAUUUGUACCAAGAAAAAUUAUGUGCAACUCCAGCCCUUCUAUGGAAAUAAAAAAAGAAGGGGAGAAGUGGACUAUAACUACAAUAACCUUGUUCAGAACUGCAGUUACUGAAUUCAAACUUGGCGAGGAGUAUGAGGAAGAUAUGCCUGGUGGAAAGCUUCGGUGUGUCACCACUAUGGAAGGUGAUAACAAGUUAGUUACAAAUACUAAAGCACAAAAUGGUACAACAGUUACCAGGACUUAUGAGUUUACUGAUGAUCAAUGUCUAAUUACAUACCAGCAUGGAGAAACUGGCACAAUUGGAAAAAGAUACUUCAAGAGAACUUAAUGCACAAUUUGAGUAUACAAAAAUAAAAGCAAGGCUAAAGUUCAUGAACUUCCAACAUCUCAUUCAUUUAUAUUUUUCAUUUUAGUAUUCAAAUAAUACUUAAAAUGUUAUUCAUAUCAACAUUCAAUUCUUAAAUUACAAUUGUUUAAUGUGAAUAUAGGACUAUGAAAAUGAAAGUGCUAUUUGGUCUUUUAUAAGUGGCAGAAUAGUGCUACACUAAACUUUGCCCCUAAUCAAGAUGAUUAUUAUUUUAUUAUUAUGUUAAAGUAUUGUACAUAUACCUUUCUUUUCACUUUGUUGAACUUGUGAUUUUGAGUAUUGUAUUUAAAGGUUAUUAUUAUGUUUUAUACCUAACAAAUAAACUUGCAUGUGUAAUUUCACAUUUCCUACCUGAACAUAUCAGGUGUUAUAUAUCUUUCAUCUAAAAUGUGUAUAUGUAUAUCUGUAAUGUAUGUAUGGUGUAUAUUUGGUAAGAUGUUUAUCUAAUAAAGCACUGGUGUAAUUAUUGUAAUA